UAUCUAAUUUAUCCUCUAAGGUAGAAUAUUCCCGUCAACACUUUUAAUUUGAAAUUCACCGUGACGUGAUUGACCCGGAAGAGGUUUGUCCCUCUCAACGAGCCUCUUCAUGCUGGCAAGAAAAUGACUUCUCCCUAGAAGCGGUGUGGACGUGUGGACGUGUGGACGUGUGGACGUGUGGACGCUGCAGCUGCACCAUGACCUCAAAGACCUCAGCAUCUCUCCUGCAGCUCUCCUGGAGGAGCUUCAGACUUUCUGCUUCCAGAGCGCCGUGCUCACGUUUCCCAACCACAGCGGUUUCCUCUCACCUUCCACACUCACUCACAUGUAAACGUUCGAUUUCCAGUCAUGUCAAAGUCCGCUCCUAUCUUCAGUACAUGAAGCGUAAAGUCAGACCCCCUCCAAGUCCUCCUUACACUCAUGUUUGCCAAGUAGGAGAUCCUGUCCUGCGUUCACAUGCAGCUCCUGUUGACCCUGCAGCUGUAACAGGCCCGGAGGUCCAACAUGUCAUCAAGAACAUGGUCAAAGUGAUGCGUAAACUGGAGUGCGUGGGACUGAGCGCGCCUCAGGUCGGCGUACCGCUGCGCAUCCUGGCUCUGGAAUAUCCAAAGGAGAUGCUGGAGGAGAGCUCCCCAGCUGUGAGGGAGGCGCGCGGUAUCAGCGUCCAGCCCCUCAGGAUCUUUAUCAACCCCCAGCUGAGGGUGAUGGACGGUCGGACCGUGCAGUUUCAGGAGGCCUGUGAAAGCAUCUCUGGUUUCUCUGCUACAGUUCCACGGUAUCUGUCUGUGGAGGUGUCAGGUCUGAAUGAGAGCGGAGAGGCGGUCUCAUGGCAGGCCAGCGGCUGGGCGGCUCGGAUCGUCCAGCAUGAGAUGGACCACCUGGAUGGGAUCCUCUACAUCGACCGCAUGGACAGCCAAACCUUUAUUAACAUUAACUGGCAAGCCUACAACGAAUGAAGACCAUUAUCACAACAGCUUCAUCUGCUCCACUGACCGUCCAUCACUGCAGCAGAGAUGAAACCGGUUUGUGGAGCAGACCUGUCAAUCACUCGAGGAAACGUGUUCUUCAAACUCAACUAUUACUGUGUUUUGGUCCAAGAUGCUUCUGGAGAUCUUUUCACUUCUCAUUGUAAUCCAGCAUCAGCCUGAUGCUGAUGAUAAGAUGAUGACAGCUAAAAGUAAAACCAACGUCCAUCUUGGUCAAACGCUCCAAAGAUUGGAGUGUUUUGGUCUGAGUUUUCUCUAUUUUAUUACCUAUUCCAGAGGUCUGCAGCCUUUCACAAUAAAAACCAUUUGGAUUCAUUUUCUACUGAUCCAAACCUAGAAGGAGCCGCACAGUCUCACUUUAGUCUUUAAGGAAUUUGCAUCAUGACAGUCUUUAAUUUAAUAAUAAAUAUGAAUUAUGUUUUA